AUGAGCUCUGGAAUUGAUACCAUCACUCGCACAGAAGCAAACCAUGCUUCAUCAACACUGCCAACUGAAAAAGGAGACAUUCGAGUAUUAUUGGUGUAUCUCUUUUUGUUUUAUUUAUCAUUCGGAAUUAUCAAUCCUGUGAAUGUAGAAUUAUUUGAGAAAAUUAAUUCAGCUCUGGAUUCUGUAGAUCCGAAUCAUCAUCCAGCCAGCAGCACCAAACACUCAACUUCUCUUUAUGGAUUUUUAUUUGCUCUUCCUGGUGUGAUCUUCUUCUUUGUGAGCCCAAUAACUGGAAAUUUAAGCGAUCGAUUCGGAAGAAAGCCUUUUCUUACAAUAUUUGCAGCAAUCUAUACGACUAUUUAUGGAAUUUAUUUUUUAUUGUGUCGUGUUGUAACAACAACUAGUCAUUCAUCAUUGAGUAAUUUUGAAUUGAUGAUACGAAAUAAUGCAUUGUAUCUGUACAUCUUUGCCAAAAUUUUGCAAGGAUUUUGUAUGGAUGUCAUUCCGAUGAUUAAUUCUUAUAUUGCAGAUCAUGCAGACAAGAAAGAUUUAACUUUAUAUUUUUCUUAUGUAUUGGCCAUCAUGGGAUUAUCGACAGCCAUUGGUCCUAUCAUGUCUGGAUCAAUUUAUAAGCAAUUUGGAUUGAAUUAUGUUUUUGGGACAAUAUUUGGUAUUUCAAUUUUCACAACGUGUUUUAUAUUAUUCAUUUUGAAAGAGAAUGCAAAAGGAAAUAAGACCCUUAACAACGUUGAUACACCGAAAAAAGAUUCCAAAUCCUUCUUCUCUGAAAUUAGUGCACCUUUUAAAUCAUUAUUUAUGAUUGUGACACAGGCAGAUGCUGCUCUAAAAUCAUUGAUUAUAUCCAAAUUUACCAGUGCUUUCAUUUCUGUUGGAUUUUUUUGUAUCAUUACACAAUUCACUCGCUUGAAAUUUGGAUACGGACCUCAGGAAAAUGGGUUUGUUCUGACUUUGGUUGGUAUUACAGCAAUUCUUUCAAAUUCAAUUCUUGCCAAACCCAUUGCAUAUUUGAGUGGAAGUGAGUCAAACAAUCUCGUAGUAGCAGGAAUAGCAAAUGCACUCUUAUUCGUGUCAUGUGUAUUGACUCGAAACGGAGAUUGCUUUUACUAUGGAAUGGCCUUCUUUUUACUUGGGGCAAAAGAGGAUCCAUUACGGUCUUCACUGAUUUCCAAAGUAUUCGAUCCAAAUCAACAAGGUAUAUUGAAUGGAUGUCUUGGAUCUAUUACGACACUAGGACGAAUUCUUGCCCCUGUGAUGUUCUCUUUUUUGUUGGAUGUUUUCACAACAAGCAGUUCAUUGCCGCAUGUUGUUGAUGCACCUUUCAUUGCAAUGACAUUAAUUCAGUUAAUUGGUGUUGCUUUUUUGUGGAGAGCCAAACGGUUGAUUGAUCAAAAUAAAAACGAGUAA